UGAAGAUCCGUCAUUCGAACACCGUGACAUACCGUGAGAUAACAAGAUCUUUCUAAUUAUUGUUUAUUUUAAAACGUACAUACAAAGUAAUUUACAAAAUAGGUAUUUUUAAUAUAAAUGCAAACUAUCUGUUUAUAAAAUGGCCUCUGCCUUGGAGCAAUUUGUAAAUAACGUUUGUACAUUAUCAGCCCAAGGAAACUAUCGGGAACUAGUCGAAACAAUAAAUCAAUCCACAGAAGUACUUAUUAAAGGCGGUCCUCACUUAGAUAAUGUUCUUGAAACUUUAGAUUUGCAACAACAUUCUCUAGGAUAUUUAGCUGUAUUAUGUACAAAAUUUGCUUUACCACCAACAAAUGCUCAAAAUGAUAAUCGCUUAAAACAAGCUGAAGAUUUUAUUAUAGGAUGUAUUGGAGAACAAGUUCGAUUUGCUCCAGAAACAUUUGCAGCUCUUUGCCACCUUGUAACUAAUAGGCUCUUAGAAUUAGGCCAACCAAUGCGUGGAAUAUCGUUACAUUUACGAGCUAUUCAGAAAAUACAGUUACACUCAACACAACUAACAUCGGUUCAUGCAGAUCUGUGUCAAUUAUGUUUACUCGCAAAAUGUUUUAAGCCGGCAUUGCCAAUAUUGGAUAAUGAUAUAACAGCUAUCAAUCAAGAAGGAAAUCAAUUUGACACAAAAUAUUUUCUACUAUAUUACUACUAUGGAGGAAUGAUUUAUACAGCAGUGAAAAAUUUAGAUAGAGCUUUAUAUUUCUUUGAAGUUGUCGUCACAACACCUGCAAUGGCUGUAUCGCAUAUUAUGUUAGAAGCGUAUAAAAAAUAUAUACUAGUGUCAUUAAUUUUACAUGGAAAAGUGCAAAAUAUUCCAAAAUAUACAUCACAAGUGGUAGGACGUUUUAUGAAACCAUUAAGUCAACCUUAUCACGAUUUAGCUGUUGCAUAUGGUACGAAUAAUUCAGAAGAGUUGAGAACAACAGUUACACGAUAUGGAGAUACAUUUACGCGUGAUCAAAAUAUGGGUCUUGUCAAACAAGUGGUGUCAUCGCUUUAUAAAAAGAACAUACAGCGUUUAACAAAAACAUUUUUAACAUUAUCCUUAACUGAUGUAGCAAGUCGUGUACAGUUACCUGGACCCGCUGAUGCUGAGCGAUACAUUCUUAAUAUGAUUGAAGAUGGAGACAUUUUUGCAACGAUUAAUCAAAAAGAUGGAAUGGUAAUAUUUCACGAUGCCCCUGAAAAAUACGAUUCACCAGGUACUUUACGAAGUUUAGAGAAACGUAUGGCUGAUAGUGCGGCAUUAGCUAAACGCGUUCAAAGUAUGGAAGAAGAAAUAAUCUCGAAUCCUGUUUAUAUAAAGAAAGCAGCAGGUGCAGCUGAACAAGAUUCAGUACCUGCUGGUCCUACUGGUUCUUACGUUAUUUAAAUUAAGCAUUUGUUUGCUUUAAAUUAUACUGUAAUUUUAAAAUAAACCAAAUUUCGUACAAGUAUUUCUUGUUGGAUUUUUUUUUUGUUUACGUAUAUUUAGCUAAAUAAAUUCUGACACUUA